CCCACUGCUGUCCCCAGUGCCCCCCGCGUCCCCUUGCCCCCCGUGCGCGCAGGGCUGGAGCGCAGCGCAGAGGAGGCGGAGGCGCGGCAAGUGCAGGUGGCGGCCGGGCAGGGGGCGUCCGGGCGGGGGCGGGCCGCGAGAGGCGACCGCAGACAUCCGGGCCCUUCCGCCCAGUGCGCCCCCGAGCCGGUGGCGCGGGGCGCGGGGCUGCCAGGCGCGGUACGGGAGGCGGGGCGCGGGGAGGGCGGGAGGGCGGAGCUGCCCCGGCGCCCGCUCCACACUCGCCGGCUCGGCCCCGCCACGAGACUCUGACAGCCGCCUGGCCGCCCGGAGCGCAGCGAGCUCGGCCGCCCGGUGGACGCGAGCCCCGAGGCGCGGAGCCAAGUGAGGGGGGCGCGCUGAGGUGUCCCCCUGACAGUAAGCUGGGAGCUAAGGACAGGACGUCUGACCACCCCUGAGGUGUGGACCAGCCAGGAAGGCAAGAAGGGAUGGCACAGAGCUGAGAGGCACCCACAGCCCUUCGGACCUGGAGCCUGCAGGCAGGAGAGCAGCACCUGGCGGGGAGACUCAAGAAUCGCUGUCAUGUGUACCAUGUAAUGACAGGAAAUGAGCAGGUGUGCAGAGACUCGGCUGCCCUGAAAUUGAAGACGAAGGCAACGGUGCCUGGCUCUGGCUGAGACCAUGGCCAAUGACAUUGACGAGCUCAUCGGCAUCCCCUUCCCCAACCACAGCAGCGAGGUCCUGUGCAGCCUGAAUGAGCAACGGCAGGACGGCCUGUUGUGUGACGUGCUGCUGGUGGUGCAGGAGCAGGAGUACCGCACCCACCGAUCAGUGCUGGCCGCCUGCAGCAAGUACUUCAAGAAGCUCUUCACAGCUGGCGCCUUGGCCAGCCAGCCCUACGUCUACGAGAUCGACUUUGUGCAGCCCGAGGCUCUGGCCGCCAUCCUGGAGUUUGCCUACACCUCCACCCUCACCAUCACCGCUGCCAAUGUCAAGCACAUCCUCAACGCCGCCAGGAUGCUGGAGAUCCAGUGUAUUGUGAAUGUGUGCCUGGAGAUCAUGGAGCCGGGUGGGGAUGGGGGCGAGGAAGAUGACAAGGAGGACGAUGAUGACGAUGAGGAGGAUGAGGACGAGGAGGACGAAGAGGAGGAGGAAGAAGAGGAGGAGGAGGAAGAGGAUGACACAGAGGAUUUCGCUGACCAGGAGAACCUGACUGAUCCCCAGGACAUCAACUGUCACCAAAGCCCUUCCAAGAGCGACCACCAGGCCUAUUCAGACACCCCCAGGGACUACCCAGACUCCUUCCAGGCCAGCAGCCCAGGCCACCUGGGCGUGAUUCGGGACUUCUCCAUCGAGUCUCUGCUGCGGGAGAACCUCUACCCCAAAGCCAACAUCCCCGACAGGAAAGCCUCCCUCUCUCCCUUCGCCCCUGACUUCUUCCCGCACCUCUGGCCGGGGGACUUUGGUGCCUUUUCCCAGCUGCCCGAGCAGCCCCUGGACAGCGGCCCCCUGGACCUGGUUAUCAAGAACCGAAAGAUCAAAGAGGAGGAGAAGGAGGAGCUGCCCCCGGCGCCCCCGCCCCCUUUCCCCAAUGACUUCUUCAAGGACAUGUUCCCUGACCUGCCCGGGGGGCCACUGGGCCCCAUCAAGGCGGAGAAUGACUACGGUGCCUAUCUCAACUUCCUGAGUGCCACCCACCUGGGUGGCCUCUUCCCGCCCUGGCCGCUGGUGGAGGAGCGCAAGCUGAAGCCCAAGGCCUCUCAGCAGUGCCCCAUCUGCCACAAAGUCAUCAUGGGGGCCGGGAAGCUGCCGCGGCACAUGCGGACGCACACUGGGGAGAAGCCAUACAUGUGCACCAUCUGUGAGGUCCGCUUUACCAGGCAGGACAAACUCAAGAUCCAUAUGCGGAAGCACACAGGGGAGCGGCCCUACCUGUGCAUCCACUGCAACGCCAAGUUCGUGCACAACUACGACCUCAAGAACCACAUGCGCAUCCACACGGGCGUGCGGCCCUACCAGUGCGAGUUCUGCUACAAGAGCUUCACGCGCUCCGACCACCUUCACCGCCACAUCAAGCGCCAGAGCUGCCGCAUGGCCCGGCCCCGCCGGGGCCGCAAGCCCGCCGCCUGGAGGGCCGCCAGCCUGCUCUUUGGGCCUGGGGGAGCGGCCCCCGACAAGGCCUUCGUCAUGCCCCCCGCGCUGGGCGAGGUGGGCGGCCACCUGGGCAGCGCAGCCGUGUGCCUCCCGGGCCCCAGCCCUGCCAAGCACUUCCUGGCGGCACCCAAGGGCGCCCUGAGCCUGCAGGAGCUGGAGCGACAGUUUGAGGAGACGCAGAUGAAGCUGUUUGGCCGCGCCCAGUUGGAGGCCGAGAGGAACGCGGGGGGCCUCCUGGCUUUCGCACUGGCCGAGAACGUGGCCGCUGCCCGGCCCUACUUCCCCCUGCCCGACCCCUGGGCUGCAGGCCUCGCCGGUCUCCCGGGCCUCGCUGGUCUCAACCAUGUGGCCUCCAUGUCCGAAGCCAACAACUAGGCUGGGCCUUGUCCAUUCUGCGGACAGCAGCCUUGUCCCCAGUCCCACUGGGCCACCUUGGACUUCUCGUUCCUGAUGGCAGAGGGGAAAUGGAAAAGUAGCUUGAAGGUGGCAAGGGGUGGCCCCGGGCUCCCUCUGGCUGGUGUCCGAGAUGGGCCUGGCCAUUCCCUGGCUCCCCGUGCAAACUCCAUGUCACCCAGGCCAUCACAGUCUACGUCCCCUGGGUGCUUAGGUGCUGGGUGGUGGAUGGGUAGGUGGGAAAGCAGGCCAGUGGAUGCUGGGAUGGGGGGGUCCCCCUAGAAGGGGUCCCACACACCCCCAUUAAGCCCCACUGUCUGUGAUAUGCUUUUGGGGGGUUACUUUCAGUCUCCAUCAGUCCAGGGGCCUUGUGGGAAGUACCUGAUUGGCAGGGAGGGCCCUGGGAUUCCACUGUAUCCCCCUCUGUCCUGUGACCUUGGACAGAUCAGUGCUCUGUACCCAAGUGUCACUGCCAUGAAAGAGGCCUGUCACUUUUCUUUCCUCUGCUGCAUUACACACACACACACACACACACACACAUACACACACAGAGACAUAUGCAAACACAUACACGGAGGCACAGAGACACACACAUACACAGAGACACAAACACACAGAGACACUAACGUGCACAGAGACAGAUACAGACACAUGCAAACAUAUAGAUACACACAGAGAUACAUAUAAACACAUAUAGAUAUAUACAUAUAGGCACAUAAAGAUAUACACAGAGAUACACACAAGCAUAAGGACACACAGACACAAACACACAGUGACACAUACCCUGUCCCUCCAAGGAGAACUACAGAGAGUGGAGGAGUCGAGGCCAGGGAAGCCUUCUGUCUCCCGUCCACCUCUGUUGACCACGGUGAGAAUGUGGCCACAUCAGAUGGAAUGGCAGAGGGAUAGAUCCUCCUCUCCUCUAUAGGCACAUCUGGGCCCCCCAGCUCUGCACAUCCCCUCCAGUGCUCUACAGUCUCCGUGACUUCCUAGGGGCCAACAGGGAAGGGGUGGGGUGUACCCCCUUGGCCCUUAGUGAUAGCUCCCCUACCCCAAUUAUCUGUCUUCCCAGCUCCGACGUUUGCUCCUUGAGGCUUGAGCUUCUGGGGGCUUGUGCAUGACUGAUCCUAAGUCCUCCCUCCCUCGCUCCUUCCUCUAGGAGGAAGCUAGGGGUUUCCCUCACUUGGUGUGGGGGUGCAAGGCUCUGACCUGAGGCUGUCCUUGGUUGUGGAAUCCUAGCAGAUCCCUGGCUGGAAGACAGCUCUGCUGGCCCAGUGCCUUUCUGCUCUGCUCUCCCCACCCCUGCACUCUCUCCCUGUCCUGGCUGAGCCUGCUUUUAUUUCUCAAGUAGACCUAGCAGAGAGGACAGGGCACCUGCACAGAGAGCCCUGGGCUGGUGUCCCCGAGCCCAGAGCAGUGGACAAAGAGACUUGGAUCCUUCCUCUCACCUUGGCUUCAUCCUGAGAAGACACAAACAAAAAGGCCAGAGGAGACCUCAGACUCUGUCACUGCUGCAGCUCUCAGGAGAGACCCCAACUCUGAGCACCACCCCACAUGUCCUUCCCGCCUAAGACAGUGUGCCUGUGCCCUGUGUCUUCAGACGCCAUCUUCUGGGCUGCCAUCUCUUACACCUCCACCCCCACCCCAUCUCCAGUACAGACAUCUGCUUCUGGGAGCUCCCUGUCGUGUUCCUUCCCUCAGCCUGGGGCUGGGCUUGAACCAAACUUUCACAGAAAACAAGGGGAAAUCAACACAUUGGAACCCAGUGGUGUUGGGCUUCAGUUUUUACUUUGUAAAGGUAAUGACUUCUUAUAAACUCAAUUUUUCAAAUGACCAGUUAGUUCUUUUAUUUUUGUCUUCUUUUGGCUGCAAUUUGGAGUUGUACAUUGUAAAAUAUCCAAAGAUGUUGAGUACUGUAUGAUGAAGAACUUGAAGCAAAUGGGUCAUGGGCAUAGGGGCUGGUUGUGUUCUGUUUCCUUUCAAUUUUUUUUUUUUUGAUGCUUUGAUUUCCCUGUCUGUCUGUGGGAGGACUUUGGGGUUUUUUCUAUUUAUAACUCUUUUUUUUUAUGUGAUUGCUUUAUGUAAAAAUGACACUCAACAAAAGUUUGCCUUAGUGAUUCAAGAGACAAUCUUCCAUAACUUUGGUUGCACGUCACAUCCCACUGAGAGAAAAAAAAAAAAAACAGAGCUAAUUUUCUGGCCUAUUUAUUAAACAGUAUUAAUUGACUUGGUAGCAUCACAUUGAGGGUUGCAUGUCUGUGAGGCGACAGGCGAGAGUCGGUCUGGAGGUGUUUGUUGCAUGAUGUUCUGGCUGCUGGGUUUCAUAGACUUAGAACAACAUCAAGACACCUUUACAAAAAUACACCAACCUUGGGGCUGGCAGCAGCACACCUGGUCGAGCACACACAUUACAGUGUGAGAGGGACCUAUUCAAGCACCGGGUCCCCACUUGUGGGGUGGGGGCAGGGGUCUGAAUGGUGAAGCAGAGCUGCAGGUAUCUCACUUUCUCCUUCCCUCUCAAUUUCUGUCUAAUUCUAUCAAAAAUAGAGGAAAAUUACUUUUAAAAAUACACCAGCCUUUACCCUGCACUGUCAACUGCAGGAAAGAGCUUUAAGUAAUAGAGAACACAACUCUCAGUUCCCUCGCACCCGUGCAGCCUGUGGCGUGUGAGCAGAGGAACAUCUGGCAGGUGCUGAGCGGAUUAGACCAGCUGGUCCUACCAGCUCCCUGGUCUGGCAUCCACAACCACCGCCAGCUGACUUGGCUGCCAUAUUGGCUUCCCUCUAGAGGUGGGGUUGGGUGGUGGCACACCCCAUAGAGUGUACACGUUACCUUGUGUAAAAAGCUGGGUUCAAGUCCCCAGUUCCCACCUGCAGGGAGAAAGCAGUCAAGUCAUGCUGCAGGUGUCUCUCUUUCACCCCUCUCUCUCUCUAGCUCCCCCUUCCCUCUCUAUCUCUCUUAGUGUCUAUCCAAUAAAUAAAUCGUAAAACAUGUUUCUGAAAGAGAGAUGGACUUGGGCCUCUUCUGUUCACCCUUCCUUCCUGGCUUCUUUCCUUCUUCCCUCUCUCCUCCCAACGAAGAGGCUCGAACCCAGUGCACAGGAAGAUGCACUUUAUCCCUGAGCUGCCUCCCUGGCCUGAUUCCUUUAGCACCUGAGCCUCUUCUGCUGCUGGAGAAAAGCUUGAUCCUAAAGGUGAGGAGAUAGAAUUCUGUUCCUGCUAAAUGCAGCUCUGCUCAAAGCCCAGGUUACAGAGCCCAGGGAAGCUGUUCUUUGAGCCGCCCUUUCUGGCUAACACCAGAACCUUUUUUUCUGUUUCAGUCCCCUUCCUUACCAGAGCAAACUUCCAUAUAAACUGAAGGUAGCGCUUCCUGAGAGAGGACGAAGAACAGAUCUGGGCUGUGUUUCUGAGCUGAGUGUCCUCGGGCUAAUUGCUUCUCUACUCUGGUCCUCUCUUCCCACAGCUCUAAUAACAGAAGGGGUUCAAUACAUUAGAGCAUCUCCAAGUUCUCUAGCCAAACACCCCUCAGCAUAGAGGGACAGUCAGUUGGGGAGUUGGCAUCAGACGAGAGAAAUAGCCUAAGUGGAAAAGCAGCCUUCCCACAGUGUGAAGCCCCUCUUGACUGUCUCAUGUUCAAGUUUUGAAAUUCAGGCUUGUACGUUCCAUUGCAUAAUAUGUAUGCAUUUGGCUUAUAAAAAAUAUUGUUUCAAACUGUU